UGUCGGAAUUUACUAGUGCAAAGUGGCCGUUGCAGCUGCAGACGGAGUUGUCGUCGUCGUCGUUGUCGGGUUUCCGGACCGCAUUGUAUGUGUUCACGCCAGUGACAACAUAAAAUCACGUGCAUAAAAGCAACAUUUAUUUACUUUUUAGUUGUAGUGAGGAGGUGUCGCUGACGUUUGUAGCUCUGCUUUAAUUCAUGGCGUGCGUCCUUCUGUCGGUGUAUGUGUGUAUGUGCGUGUAUCCCUGUGUGCGUGUUUGUUGCUGUUACUAUUCUGCAUGCACAAAAACGUAGUUUGGCUUUUAUUUUAAUCAAUAUUACUAGACGAAUCAUUUAAAUUUAAUUGAGCGAGGCAUUAGUAAAACCUACACAUUCCUCUGCUCUGCUCCUCUUUGUAGGUGCUCCUGCCACUAGCAACAACAACAAUAGUAAAAUUAUCAACAACGCGUGGCCGUUACUUGCCGCCAACAACAAAAACACGCACAAAAGACGAUGACGGCUAAAAGCGACAAGGAAAUACUGGCCAACUCCAUGUAUGAGGAUGAUCCCAAUGGUAACUCAGCGCCCACAACAAUUGAUCAGGAGUCAGGACAACCAGCGGCAAAAGAAGCGGCAACAGCGGACGCAUCAACAAUUUCAGCUCCGGCAGCGACUUCACCACGUUGGGGACCUCAAAAUAAGGGAGCACAGGAGCUGGCCUCACUGUAUAGUCCAGGUAAACGUGCACAGGAAAUUAUUUGUGUUUACACCUGCAUCGGUCUGAUGAUCAUCAACUUUGGUCUUAUUGUCAAGCAUUUGCGCUGGGAACGCAUUAGUGUAGCUUUUAUCUCCGCAUUGUGUGGUAUUAUCACAGCUGACUUUGCCUCUGGUUUGGUGCAUUGGGCGGCGGAUACAUGGGGUUCCGUGGAUCUACCAUUAAUCGGAAAAAACUUUCUGCGCCCGUUUCGAGAGCAUCAUUUGGAUCCAACGUCUAUAACACGUCACGACUUCAUAGAGACCAAUGGCGACAACUUUAUGGUGGGCAUACCAAUUCUAGGUUACUUGGCACACUACUUUUAUAUUAGAUCGCCAUGUGAAAUACAGCAAAAUUUUGGCUGGAUCACCUACGUGUUUCUAUGCUCCAUAUUUGUGGCCAUGACGAACCAGAUACACAAAUGGUCGCACACAUAUUGGGGUUUACCCAGAUGGGUGCUGUUGCUGCAGAGUUGUCAUAUAAUUCUACCAAGGAAACAUCAUCGCAUUCACCAUGUCGCGCCCCAUGAAACGUACUUCUGCAUUACCACCGGCUGGCUAAAUUGGCCACUGGAGAAGCUUAAAUUUUGGUCAACCUUUGAGUUUAUUAUUGAGCGUUUUACGGGCUUAAAGCCAAGGGACGAUGACUUGAAGUGGGCCAAGAAACUCACAUAGCUAUGUUGUCCAGCGACUGUAAAUAGAACUUGGACCAAGCCAGCGUUAACAAAGCUUGCUAAUUAAAAAAGAACAUACCCAAUGAAGAAGGCAGAAAGAAAGUCACUCGUAUUAUUUAUGAUUCUAUAUUCUGCACAACAAAAAGUCUUGAACAACGUGAAAAUAUCGUAUCUUAAGUUAAUUAAUUGAAAAGCAAAAAAAA